AUGCUCAAGGUGUCAGCCUUAUUGUGUGUGUGUGCAGCGGCUUGGUGCAGCCAGACUCUUGCAGCUGCCGCGGUGGUGGCUGCGGCCGGGGGGCGGUCGGACGGCGGUAAUUUUCUGGAUGAAAAACAAUGGCUCACCACAAUCUCUCAGUAUGACAAGGAAGUCGGACAGUGGAACAAAUUCCGAGACGUAAGUGAUGAAGUAGAGGAUGAUUAUUUCCGCACUUGGAGCCCAGGAAAACCAUUUGAUCAAGCUUUAGAUCCAGCUAAGGAUCCAUGCUUAAAGAUCAAGUGUAGCCGCCACAAAGUCUGCAUCACUCAAGAUGCUCAGACUGCUCUCUGCAUCAGUCACAGGAGACUAUCACACAGUAUGAAAGAAGUAGGAGGAAGCCAUAAGCAAGGGAGAGGUCUGCGGCCAUCCACCUGUAAGCCCUGCCCUGUGGCCUAUGGCAGCCCCGUUUGUGGUUCCGAUGGGCAUUCCUACACUUCGCAGUGCAAACUAGAAUAUCAGGCAUGUGUCUUAGGAAAGCAGGUUUCUACUAGAUGCGAAGGGCGUUGCCCAUGUCCAUUCGAUAAAUCCACAAACACAGGAAGAAAUGUUAAGAGAGCCUGCAGUGACCUGGAAUUCAGAGAAGUGGCCAACAGACUUCGUGACUGGUUCAAGGCCCUUCAUGAGAGUGGGAGCCAAAAUAAGAAGACCAAAGCUCUGCUGAGGCCUGAGAGAAGCAGAUUUGAUACCAGCAUUUUGCCAAUUUGCAAGGAUUCACUUGGAUGGAUGUUUAAUAGACUUGAUACAAACUACGACCUGCUAUUGGACCAAUCAGAGCUUGGGAGCAUAUAUCUUGAUAAGAAUGAACAGUGCACCAAGGCAUUCUUCAAUUCUUGUGACACGUACAAGGACAGUUUGAUAUCUAACAAUGAAUGGUGCUACUGCUUCCAGAGACAGCAAGACCCACCUUGCCAGACAGAGCUCAGCAACAUUCAGAAGCGACAAGGGAUAAAGAAGUUCCUUGGACAGUACAUUCCUCUCUGUGACGAAGAUGGUUACUACAAGCCUACACAAUGCCAUGGCAGUGUUGGCCAGUGCUGGUGUGUUGACAGAUAUGGAAAUGAAGUCAUAGGAUCCAGAAUAAAUGGUGUUGCAGAUUGUGCUAUAGAUUUUGAAAUUUCUGGAGAUUUUGCAAGUGGAGAUUUCCAUGAAUGGACUGAUGAUGAAGGUGAAGAAGAUGACAUUAUGAAUGAUAAGGAAGAUAUUGAAGAUGAUGAUGAAGAUGAAGGGGAUGAUGAUGAUGAUGGGGAUGACCAUGAUGGAUAUAUUUGA